AUGACACUUGCCAAAGAUCCAAUCAUCACUAAAAGAUUUUUUAAUUUUUGUGUAAAAAAAGAAAUCAUUUACCAUCCUCAAUUAGAAAUAAUAUUACUUAAUGUGUUAAAAAUAAUUUUUAAGAUGUUGGAAAUGAGCCUCUUAAAAUUAAGAUAUUAG